AAAAAGUUUCUGAUUCAAAAACCAAAAAAAAUCAAAAGAAACAGUUUCAGAUUCAGUUUCAUUAUUCGCCGUUGUUACUUUCCUGUUGAUGAAAUACUCCGACGAUUAAUCACUAGAUCGGAGAAGGAGAACAAUCGUUUGUGCAUAAAAUCCAUGAAAUAACUGAUUAAAUAGAAACAAAGAUUCAGAAUCAAAUUUCUUUUGGAAUAAAAAUGGUGAAAGGAAAAAUGAAUCCCCCUAGAAAAGAUGAUACAAUUACAGGAAACCUAAGGCAGUCGUUGAAUGCAGUAAAGGAUUUAGUAAAGGUGAUAAAGCCUAUAGGACUGACUGAUAGGGCUCAAAGAUAUCUUAGGAGAGCUGCUUACGGAGAACUCGUAAUGAUGUAUUACGAUGACUAUGAUACAACUGUACCAACUACAACAAGACAGAUAACUACCAACAAACACCGCGUCUUGAAGCUCUUGAACUGCUUUGACAUGGAUUGUGAGACACCAUGUUCAUUCAGGUUUGCUGAUGAUAAGAUUAUAGAGUCUACACCGGCAAAGCUGGCUGGUAUAUUUUGCAUGCAGAGGAUUGGAAGCAGAAAGGGUCAGAAGCUGUUAAAGUACUAUUGUCCUAGUGAUUUGACUGACAAUGUUUUAUACAGCAAAUACUUCACCGAUAUCAAAUCUACAAAGCAUCAGACGACGGUGACUAAGACAAACAUUUUAGAGAAGAUAAAACAACUUAUGGCAAAAAGGAGAAAAAGUGGGAAAAGAAAGAAAGUUGAUGAAAAGGAUCUAGUUUGCCUGAUAGGUCUUUAUCUUUGCUGUGUAUUGUUUUUUGGCGACAAAAAUGCCAAUGGAGUGAACGCGAAAUAUCUUAGUAUCGUUGAAACUUAUGAUACGGUGCUCAAGGUGUCGUGGCCUGAUUUAAUACACGAGCACUUGUUUGAAGAGAUUCAUACUAAUCUUAGUUGUUUGUCAAAUGUGAAGGCUUGUGUGCAAUACCUACUGGUAAAAAGCUUGUGUGUAAUUUCUAUUCCAGCAGUUUUAGUGUUACGUGAUGGAUAUUUUUGUUCAAUCGACUAA